UCGCAUGCGGCUGAGAGCAGCAGAAUCCAGCGUCUGUGACCUGCGUCUGUACCCAGCCCGUCAGUGUGUGCGCGCAGCUGGACUCACUGUGGAUUACUGAAGCUCUCUCUGAAGAUCUGCAGACUCGUGUUUCGUUUCCUCUUUGAUUUCUUUCUCUUUUGGACGGAAAACAAAAAUGCGUCUGAUCCAGAACAUGACGACCAUCGCGGAGUGUGCGGCUCCUGAAUACCCGGCGCACAACAGGGUGAUGAAGAUAGCUGUGGUAGGAGGCAGCGGGGUGGGCAAAACAGCGCUUGUUGUGAGAUUCCUCACCAGACGCUUCAUUGGAGACUACGAGAGAAACGCUGGUAAUCUGUACUCCAGAGAAGUCCAGGUGGACGGAGAGCAGGUGACCAUCCAGGUUCAGGACACUCCUGGUGCAGAGAUGACAGAUAAUGGAGUCAGUCUACCUGACCAUGUGAGCUGCUCCGUCCAGUGGGCCGAUGCUGUGGUGCUGGUGUACUCUGUGACAGACCGCCGCAGCUUCGACCAAAUCCAACAGUUGCACCAGCUGGUGACUCGCACCGGCGGCGCCAACGUGCCCCCCGUGAUCCUGCUGGCCAAUAAGGCGGACCUGGUGCACCUGAGGCGUGUAGACUCCCAGCAAGGCCCCCUGCUGGCUGGAACUCUAGGCUGCUCUUUCUACGAAGUGUCUGCUAGUGAGGACUACAGCCAGGUGCACGGCGCCUUCCACAGGCUGUGCGGCCAGCUAGCCAAGCAGCCGCCGCCCGCCUCCAGCUCCUCAAACAACUCUGUCGGUGCCACCACGGAGAAGAGGCGCUCGCCCCUUAUCCCCAGGCCAAAAUCUCCCAACAUGCAAGACCUGAAGAGGCGAUUCAAGCAAGCGUUGUCUGCAAAGGUCAGGACCGUCACCUCGGUGUGAGGACUAGUUGGAAGUGGUUCAGAGCGACCACAGGAAGAAAGAAAGAUCUGUGCUUCUUCACUGAAGUCCUGUUCCAGCCUGGCUGAAGAAGGCAGGAGUGAGGUGAACAGUGGUAACCUCUGUGUGGUGGGAGGCAGAUGAAUCUUCAGAGGUUAAUGACCUCGAUAAAGAGCAGGAGUCUGUCCUUAUAGACUACAUGUGAGAGGAGAAGCAGGGAGGAGGCUCAUCGUCCUUUCAGGAGCAGAGGAGACGAGCAGCAGUGUUCAGUCACAGACUGUAGAUGAAGCUCCCCUGGAAACAGCAGCUCUCAAGGACUCUGCUGCUUAUUUUUAGCUGUGGUGCCCGUUCAGACUGCUGCCGCUGCACAGCUCUGCCACAUGAUGGUACAAUGAUACACCAGCUGCUCCAGCCACAGCUCGGUGCAGCUGGGUGUGUGUUCGUGUGUGUGGGGGGUUGUAUCUGGGCAACCAAUACAGCAUGUAGCGUGUGACGUUAUCACUGAUGCACUUUAUAAAAAAAGAAAAAGUCCAAAGGGCCUGUUUUUAUUUAUUUGUUACUAAUUCACUGUGUGUUCACA